AUGUCUUGCAUGUUCCUGCUGGUCCUCUCCAUCCUUAUCAAGCAUGUCAUUGCCAUGCUCAACAAUAUCACCAUUGACGACACAGAUGGACACGUUGUGUUCCAAGGGAUCUGGAACGACCAUUCCAUCUAUAACUCCUCCUUGGAUUUUGGUGGAAGCCAUUCUCUGAGCGAAGACAGCUCUGCAGCGGCUGUAUUCACAUUCAUAGGCGUUGCAGUGUACUACAUCGCACCGCUUUGGCCAUACGAAGUCAAUACUGAAGUCACCUUAGACAAUGGCCCAUCCACCACCGUUGAUUUGACGGACACAUCUGCCACAUCAGCUGGGAAUGGUUCAGAGACCGUCAUGUGGGAUGUACGAUGGAGCCAGACGGGACUGAGCAACACGACACACACUCUUCGGAUAUCCAUGGCGCCUGGCGGGCAGUACAUCGUCGUUGAUGCAAUCAGGUAUGUUUCCCACGGAGUCCUGUACACGCAUUUGUAA